AUGAACUAUCAUCGAUUAGUUCAGAAUCUUGGUCUGAUUUUCAUUCUGACGUAUCCCAUAUCGUCAAUAGCAGCGGAAUGUAGUGAACAUUCAAGUCAAGAUGAUGUUCCCUUUGGUGAUAGAGUCAAUCAAGCGCCAAUUAUUCUGAUUGGAACAUCUUUGAAUAAAAAUAUUGAUUCUCAUAUUCCAAAUUUAUUCAAUGUGACAUUUCUUGUUCAAUGUAUUCUGAAAGGUCGACCGACUCAACGUGUCAUCUUCAUUGUUCAAGCUGGUUCACUUCUGGGCCGACGUUCAUGUCAAAGAUUAGAUGUUAAUCGAGAAUACCUUGUCUUUCUCGAACCAUUUUUCGAUGGAACAUAUCGACCAGUUGAUCUCGAAGAGAUUCCAUAUACCAAUCAAGUGAAUAUAUUACUUUCAAAGACGUGUGGUCUAUCGCGAACUUAUCCGUUUACUGAAUCCAAUGAUAGUGAAGCACUUCUCACUAACAAAUGUCCACCGGCUGUCUCGACAAAUUGUCCAACAGACCCACCAAAAUCGGCCGUGAAAAUUGCAACAGUAGCAAGUGUUGUAUCAUCAACAACUUCAACAACUAACGCUGAUAUGUUAACGAAAACUCCACUUGACCUAGAUGCUAUAUCACUGCUUCUAGCUGAACAUCCCUAUGAAAAUCUGAGUUUUGCUCUUCUACAAAAUCAAAAUCAUAAAUCACUUUUCUCAGACGAUGAAACACGAAAAAAUCAUGGCCAUCGCAUGUCAACAAUGCUUUUUCUUAUUUUUAUUCAACUAAUUUUCAGUAGUAUUCUGCACCGAUUCUUGUAG